AUGUAUUACAUCGAUUUUAUAACUUCUGCAUGUAAACAGCUACUACUUGCAAUUUUCGGAAAACGCAGUUGGUUUCGUUUUAGUUUCUCGAAAAUUGUAUCAGCGUAUAUAAAAUGUUCUAGUUAGAUGUCAAUUGUGAUUAAGAUAUACAAGUGCGAGAUUUCUAAAAAGAAGGAGACAUUUUGGCUUAAGGAUUAAACAUAGGACAUUAUUUCAUGGAAAUAGCAAUGGAGCGUUAUAAUUAAAGGUCGUCUACCCUUUGACUUUUAAGAAAUAAUUAUAAUUAUUACACGUUGGAUAACAAUUUACUUAAAGAUAUAUAUAUAUAUACGUGCACCUUAAACAUGAUAACACAGUUAAAGCCAUCUGAAAUUUAUUUUUCACAAGAUAGUAUAAGCUGCCGUUUUUCGACAACAGGUAAACUAAUUGGUGAAACCUUGGACGAUCUGUAUGAAGACAGGUUGUCUGUGUCAGAUAUAAAACGUAUAUCUGUAGCACUAGUGAAUGGCCAAUGGUUUUCUUGGGACAACCGCCGACUUUGGGUAUUUCGUCAACUAGAGAAGUUAGGUAAAUGUCGUUACAUUACCGUUAAUGUAAGUAAGACAAUUGAUGCCGCCAGACUUACAACAAAAUGUGGUGGAAAAGAAGUAAAUGUUAGGGGACAACCGGGUGGGUACUGCUAUGGAAAAUUAGUAAACAAUCGGCAUUCGGUCCGCGUUCAGCAACCAACCAGGAGGUCUUCAACUAAUUGGCAUAAUACAAAAGAUGAUGAAGCUGAUAAAAUUGAGGAUAUAUUGUACUCAAGAAAUGAUACUCCGUCUGUUCGGCACGAGUCUAAGCCACGAAGAACUUUUAAACCAGACGCUGUACCGGAACAAACACCUACAAUGGGUGAAAGUUUAUGGAGUGCUGUAAAGAUAGGUCUUGGGCUAGCAGCAAUGUAUCUAUUCUGGAAAUCAAAAUGAUUUUAACAAAAUCACUCUGAAUAAAUUUUUGUUAAAAAGUUAAGAAUGUUUUACAAUUGUUUACAAAUACGACAUGUACAUUUACCUGUUCUAUAUACAAUCUUUUCAUGCCUUGUUUUAUUUUGUAAGUUUUUUCUAUGUUGUUUCAUGUACAUGUGUUACUACAUGUAUAUCAUAUUUAUCAUCACAAUUAUUUCAAUUUUUAACAGCAUAUGUUUUGCUCUUUGACUUUGUAUAAAUGUAUUAUCAAUAUCACAGAUGGAUUUUGUUUCGGUAUGUUCAAUAAAUCUUAUCUUGUUU